UGUCAUUUCGAUACAGAGCUCUCGAACAGUUGGUCGAUACUCUCGAAAGCGAAGAACUCUGUGUUUUCUUGCCUGAUCGCUCCGUUGUAGCUUCUGAUCUUUUCUUUCCGGUAAAGCCAAGUUACAGUGUGGAAAGAAAAAUGUUCAUCAAAGUCAAACUGCCAUGGAAUGUCAUGAUACCAGCUGAAGCUAUGGACCCCAACGGCCUCAUGAUCCAGAGAGCUGUUCUCAUUCGCCUACUCGAUGCCUUUGCUUCCAAGAAAGCGACCAAAGAUCUCGGCUACUUCAUAGCACUCAAAAACUUGGAGGAAAUAGGCGAGGGCAGAAUCAGGGAAACCACUGGCCAGAUUGUCUUCCCGGUGGUUUUCAGCGGAAUCACCUUCAAGAUGUUCAAAGGCGAGAUCGUUCAUGGUGUGGUUCGCCAGGUGCACAAGUCCGGUGUCUUCUUGAGAUGUGGCCCUUGUGAAAACGUUUACUUAUCACAGUAUAAGAUGCCUGGUUACGACUACGUUGUACAAGGAAACCCGUUGUUCAUGAACCAGAACAUGUCCCGGAUUCAGAUCGGUUCCACGGUUCGCGUCAUUGUGCUUGAUAUCCAGUGGAAAGAGGCAGAGAAGGAGUUCAUCGCUUUAGCCAGCCUCGAAGGAAACAAUCUUGGCCCGUUCUAAAAUAAUUUGUAAUCUGAAUAUAUAUAGAAAUAUAAAUAAAUAAAUAAAUGAAACCUUUACAAUGUUUAUUCA